AUGAUGGUUGAGUUGAGAUUUGUAUCAGUUUUAGUUUUGAAAAUGUUCCGAUUACUUCUAACUCUUGUAAGUGUUUUAGCUGUUGUUUCAGCAGCUUCUUUAGCGGCAAGCGACAAACGUCGUAUUAUUGGCGGAGGUCCUGACAUCAUCGACAAUCAUCCUUAUGUAGUUUCUGUGCAAUAUGUCAACACUCAUAUUUGUGGCGGCGUCAUUCUCUGCCCCCGUAGAGUUAUGACCGCAGCUCAUUGUUUGAACUAUGAAGAAGAUAUGCACUAUUAUUCGGUUCGUGCUGGUUCGACAUAUCAUGCAAGCGGCGGUCAACAAGUUGGAUUCGCUUCAUGGCAAAAACAUCCAAGCUACGAUGGGCAUUACAAUGAUAUUGCUAUGAUCAGAUUGAAUGCUUCAUUAGUCUUCAAUUCAUUCGUUUCGGCGGCAAUUCCCAUGGAUGGAUCCUUCACGCCUCCAUCAAACCAACAAUAUUCAAUUGCUGGAUGGGGAAUUCUCGGAAAUGGAACAUCCCCAGCAAAUUUGCAUUCUGUAUCAAUCCCAAGAUUCAACCAAACUGCUUGUGAAGCAUUAUAUGGCGGAUCUCCGCCAUUGGUUAACAGCAAUGCCCUUUGUGCCGGAGUACUUGGAAGCAAGGAUACAUGUUCGGGAGAUUCAGGAAGCCCCUUGAUGAUUGGAUCGACAAAUAUUGUCGUCGGAAUUUCCGCAUGGGGAUGGGGAUGUGCAUCUGUAACCUAUCCAGGAGUCUACACUCGUGUUUACAGCUAUUUGACUUUCAUUAAUAACCAAAUGCCUAACACUGAAGAGUGCCCAAACGGGGGUCCUGAUACUAUCUCCAAUCAUCCUUGGGUAGCUUCUAUACAAUAUGUCAAUACUCACAUUUGUGGCGGCGUGAUUCUCUGCCCUACACGAGUUAUGACUGCAGCUCAUUGUUUGAACUAUGAAGAAGAUAUGCGAUACUAUACGGUUCGUGCGGGAUCGACAUAUCAUGCGAGUGGCGGUCAAGUUAUUGGAAUGUAUGAAUGGAAUAAACAUCCGAGCUACGAUGGGCAUUACAAUGAUGUUGCGAUAGUUAGAUUGAACAGUUCUUUAGUAUUUGGUACUGACGUUGCUGCGGCAAUUCCUAUGGAUGGAUCUUUCACUCCUCCGUCAAACCAACAAUAUGUGAUUGCUGGAUGGGGAAUGCUUGGAAAUGGUUCUUACCCUGCAAAUUUGCAUUCUGUAUCGAUUCCAAGAUUCAAUCAAACUGCUUGUGAAGCAUUGUACGGCGGAUCUCCGCCAUUGGUAAAUUCAAAUAUGCUUUGUGCAGGCGUUCUUGGAAUAAUGGAUACGUGUACAGGAGAUUCGGGAGGCCCGUUGAUGGUUGGAUCGGGAAAUAUUGUCGUUGGUAUCGCUUCAUGGGGAUGGGGAUGUGCAUCUGUUACAUAUCCGGGAGUUUACAUGCGUGUUUACAGCUACUUGACUUUCAUUAAUAACCAAUUAGCAAGUUGUCCUACGUAA